AUUGCAGCUGUCGCUCUUCCUCUGACGUCACUUCCCUUUCCUCCAUUCUAGCACGUGUAAAUAGUACGUGUGCGGAACAUAUAGUGCCUAAAACUGUCGUUUUUGGACCUAGUCCUCAGGUUUUUCCAUUUAGUUUUCUUCUGGUAGGCUUUGCCAGGAAAUUUCUUCAUCAUGGUGAAGCCGAAGUUUAAGGGAAAGAGUUCGAUAAACCCCUCAGCUUCCAGCAGCAACCCUGAUCGACCCAAGGGAGCUGGUGGGAACAACAUGAGGGACCGAGCCACAAUCAAGCGUCUGAAUAUGUACAGACAGAAACAAAGAUGUAAUAAACAUGGAAAAGUGAUCAAACCCUUGCAGUAUCAGUCUACUGUGGCUCCAGGGACUGUAGCCAGAGUUGAGCCAAACAUCAAGUGGUUUACAAAUACCCGAGUGAUCAAGCAGUCGUCUCUUCAGAAGUUCCAGGAAGAAAUGGGGGCCGUGCAGAAGGACCCGUAUCGUGUGGUGAUGCGACAAAGCAAACUGCCUAUGUCUCUUUUGCACGACAGAGUCAAAGCCCAUAACUCUAAAGUCCACAUUUUAGACACGGAAGGCUUUGAAACCACGUUUGGACCCAAAGCUCAGAGGAAGAGACCCAGUCUCAUGGUGGGCGACGUGAAGGAUCUUCUUGACCAAGCAGAGGCAUCAGCAAUGAGCUACAACGCAGACCACGACAAAGACUUAGUCACAGAGGACACAGGAGUCCGGGAAGAAGCACGAGAAGAGAUCUUCAAAAAGGGUCAGUCGAAGAGGAUCUGGGGAGAACUUUAUAAGGUCAUCGAUUCCUCUGAUGUCAUCAUCCAAGUGCUGGAUGCCCGGGACCCCAUGGGAACACGGUCCAAGAGCAUAGAGACGUAUCUGAAGAAGGAGAAACCCUGGAAACAUCUGAUCUUUGUGCUGAACAAGUGCGAUCUCAUCCCCACCUGGGUCACGAAACGAUGGGUGGCUGUUUUGUCCCAAGAGUAUCCCACUCUGGCUUUUCAUGCCAGCUUAACCAACUCCUUCGGUAAAGGAUCCCUCAUCCAGCUCCUUAGGCAGUUUGGCAAGCUCCACACAGACAAGAAACAGAUAAGCGUGGGUUUCAUCGGAUAUCCAAAUGUGGGAAAGAGCUCUGUGAUCAACACUCUGCGCUCCAAGAAAGUCUGCAACGUGGCGCCGAUCGCCGGAGAAACAAAGGUGUGGCAGUACAUCACUUUGAUGAGACGCAUCUUCCUCAUCGACUGUCCGGGUGUGGUCUACCCAUCAGAGGACAGCGAGUCGGAUAUUGUCCUCAAAGGAGUGGUUCAAGUGGAGAAGAUCCGGAAUCCAGAGGAUCAUAUUGGAGCGGUACUGGAGCGGGCCAAGCCCGAGUACGUUCAGAAAACAUACCGGAUCCCGUCCUGGAAUUCUGCGGAAGACUUCCUUGAAAAGUUGGCGUUCCGCACCGGCAAACUUCUGAAGGGGGGUGAGCCGGACAUUAGCACGGUCUCCAAAAUGGUGCUGAACGACUGGCAAAGGGGUCGGAUCCCUUUCUUUGUGAAACCUCCUGGACCUGAAGGAGAUCCUGAGGAUGAGAAACCGUUGCCCGUUGAAGCACCACCAGCAGAUUUAGAAGAAAGCAUGCAGGAGGACGCUCUCAGUUCCACUUCAGCCGAACAAGAAGAACAGCAGCAGAAAAAGAAGGAGCAGGUCCAGAAGAUCCUCUCUAAUGUCCGGCAGAACUUUGGCAAGAUAAACGUGGUACCGGAGUUCAGCGAGGAAGAUCUGGUUCCGGUGGAGAUGCCCGACUUGGACAUGUCGGACUUUUCUGGCUCUGAAGCCGAGGAAGAUGAAGCAGAAGACGAGAGGUUAGAGGGAGAUGACGGCAAAAACGAUGCUGAGAAAAGCAUCGCUGAGACGUCGGGAGCCACAAAUUCUCAGACUGACACCGACAAGGAAAAAGACGAGAAAAGUUCUAAAGACGUCAUUCGAGAGCUGGACGCAAAGAUCGCAAAGUACAAGCAUUUCCUGGACCGAGCUAAAUCGAAGCGCUUCUCUGCAAUCCGGAUACCAAAGGCUCUUUCUGACAAAGUGUUCACAGACGUUAAGACUAAACAAGCAGCAGCCAAACAGGCACAAAAGAAAGCCAGUCAGACAACAGCUGUAAACCAGAAAAGCAAGAAGAGGAAAGCUGAGGGAGACGAGGAGUCCCUGCAGCCCAGACUGACCUCUAAACAGAAACGAGCAAUGGAACGGGCCCAGAAGGUGAAGAAAGUGGGUGUGCGCUACUAUGAAACCCACAACGUCAAGAACAAGAACAAGAGCAGAAAAGUUCCAGCCUCAGCCACCAAGGAUCAGAGGACGAAAAGAUCUAAGCAAUAAAAUUAAGAAAAAUAUGCAAGAAAUCUUUAUUUAAAUUGGCUUUUGACAAAGCCUUUUUAUUGAAAUAAAACUAAUGAUUCACAAAA